GCGGUGCCCGGAUGGAGGCACGUCAUUGUCCCCCGCCGGGCGGCUGGGCUGUGUGCGGCGGCGGCGGCGGCGGCGGCGGCGGCGGCCGAGGGGGAUGGAGCGAGUGCCGAGCCGGGUCAGGGUUGAAAAAUGACCAUAGUUGACAAAACGGAACCUUCAGACCCAUCAUCCUGUCAGAACCAGCCUGGCAGUUCUGAGGCGGUCUCACCUGAAGACAUGGACACAGGCUCUGGCACCUGGGGUGCCGUGUCUUCAAUAAGUGAUGUUUCAAAUCAUACACUUUCAUUAGGGCCAGUGCCUGGUGCUGUAGUUUAUUCUAAUUCAUCUGUACCCGAUAAAUCAAAACCAUCGCCACCAAAGGACCAAGUCCUAGGUGAUGGCAUUGCUCCUCCUCAAAAGGUUCUAUUUCCAUCUGAAAAGAUUUGUCUUAAGUGGCAGCAAACUCAUCGAGUUGGCGCUGGGCUCCAGAAUUUGGGCAAUACCUGUUUUGCCAAUGCUGCAUUGCAGUGUCUGACCUACACACCACCCCUCGCCAAUUACAUGUUAUCCCAUGAACACUCCAAGACAUGCCACGCAGAAGGAUUUUGUAUGAUGUGCAUAAUGCAAACACAUAUUACCCAGGCACUCAGCAACCCUGGGGACGUUAUCAAGCCCAUGUUCGUCAUCAAUGAAAUGCGGCGUAUAGCUAGACACUUCCGUUUUGGAAACCAAGAAGACGCCCAUGAAUUUCUUCAGUACACAGUUGAUGCCAUGCAGAAAGCCUGUUUAAAUGGCAGCAACAAAUUAGACAGACACACCCAAGCUACCACCCUGGUCUGCCAGAUAUUUGGAGGCUACCUAAGAUCUCGAGUUAAAUGUUUAAAUUGCAAGGGUGUUUCAGAUACCUUUGAUCCAUAUCUGGACAUAACGUUGGAGAUUAAGGCUGCUCAGAGUGUUACCAAGGCAUUAGAGCAGUUUGUGAAGCCGGAACAACUGGAUGGAGAAAACUCCUACAAAUGCAGCAAGUGCAAAAAAAUGGUUCCAGCUUCAAAGAGAUUCACCAUCCAUAGGUCCUCUAAUGUUCUCACCAUUUCACUGAAGCGCUUUGCCAACUUCACUGGUGGAAAAAUUGCUAAGGAUGUGAAAUAUCCUGAGUACCUUGAUAUUCGGCCCUAUAUGUCUCAGCCCAAUGGGGAACCAAUUAUUUAUGUUUUGUAUGCUGUGCUGGUACACACUGGUUUUAACUGUCAUGCUGGCCACUACUUUUGCUACAUAAAGGCUAGCAAUGGCCUCUGGUAUCAGAUGAAUGAUUCCAUCGUGUCCACCAGUGAUAUUAGGUCGGUGCUUAACCAGCAAGCUUACGUGCUCUUCUAUAUCAGGUCACAUGAUGUGAAAAAUGGAGGGGAACCCACUCAUCCUACCCAUAGUCCUGGCCAGUCCUCUCCCCGCCCAGGAAUCAGUCAGCGGGUCGUCAACAACAAGCAGGCAGCCCCAGGGUUUAUUGGACCCCAGCUGCCUUCCCAUGUCAUGAAGAAUGCACCACACUUGAAUGGCACCACACCAGUGAAAGACACACCAAGUAGUUCCAUGUCAAGCCCUAAUGGAAACACCAGCGUCAGCAGGGCCAGUCCUGUUAAUGCUUCGACUUCUGUGCAAAGCUGGUCUGUCAGCAGGCCCUCAGUUAUUCCAGAGCACCCCAAGAAACAAAAAAUUACCAUCAGUAUUCACAACAAGUUGCCUGUUCGCCAGGGUCAGGCACAGCUGAAUAACAACCUCCAUGGCCCUUCUCUGGAGGCCCCUAGCAAGGCGGCACCUUCCUCCACCGUCACUAACUCCUCUGCAAUACAGUCUACCUCGAACGCACCCGUGACAUCAGUCUCUAAUAAAGUAGCAAAAUCAGUUUCCCCUAGUGAAUCCUGUUCUAAGCCCAUGGUGAACGGCAAGGCUAAGGUGAGCUCCAGCGUGCUGGUCCCCUACGGGGCUGAGUCCUCAGAAGAGUCUGAUGAGGAGUCAAAGGGCCUGGCCAAGGAGAAUGGUGUAGAUAUGAUGGCCAGCACUCCCUGUGCCAGGCCAGAAGCUGAAGAUGAGAACGGUGAGGCUUCGCCUCAGGAGCUUCAAGAAUCUGUCACGUUAAAUGGUGCUAAUAGCCCAGACAGCGACCUGAGAGAAAACGGCCUGGCCUUUGACAGUACCAGCUGCCAGGUCCAGCCCGAUCUACACACAGAAAACCUCUUUUCCAAACUUAAUGGUCUUCCUGGAAAGGUGACCCCUGCUCCUUUACAGUCUGUUCCCGAAGACAGAAUCCUCGAGACCUUCAAGCUUACUAACCAGGCAAAGGGCCCAUUGGGUGAAGAGAGUUGGACUACAACAAGGGAAGGCCCCCCGAAGGACCCUGUUUCACAGCUGGAGCCCAUCAGUGAUGAGACUGGUCCCUUUGAGACACCGGAGGCCGUCACCAAUGGGAGCGUGAAGACCCCUACGACCAUGUCACCCCUGGAACCUACCAUCAACUGUACCAAAGAAGACUCCUCGAUUGUUGUUUCAGCUAGCCCUGUGGAGGCUCCGCCCUCCAUCACCGCUCUUUGUAACACCACCGGUACUACCUUGGGGGAUGCUCCAGCGCCCGAAUCGUGUGACCCUGAUGACUUGACUACCAGCCCGAGCCAGCCAACCCAAGCAGUGAGAGGGGAGAGAGCCGAGAACUCGCAGGACCCCACCACGGCUGAAGCAGGGGAGAGGCUGAGCCCGGCUCCCUCAGUGCUCACAGGUGAUGGGUGUGAGCAGAAACUCUUCCUUUACCUCAGCACAGAGGGAUCCGAGGAAGCGGAAGACUCUUCCAGAAGCUCAGGGAUCUCUGCAGACACAGUGCCCCCUCAGCCUGACAGGACCACCAGCUCUUGUGAAGGGGCUGCCGAGCAGGUGACUGGGGACAGAGGUGAUGGAAGCAAGGUGGGACCCAAAGUUCAAGAGCCUUCCCCAGCUAAGGAAAAGAUGAGCAGCCUCCGGAAAGUGGAUCGAGGACAUUAUCGAAGCCGGAGAGAGCGUUCUUCUAGUGGGGAGCAUGUGAGGGACGGCAGGGCCCGGACAGAGGACCACCACCAUAAGAAGCGGCGCUGCUACAGCCGAGAGCGGCCCAAGCAGGAGCGCCACCCUGCUAAUACAUACUGCAAUGGGGGCCAGCACCUGGGCCAUGGUGACAGAGCCAGCCCUGAGCGCCGCUCCCUGAGCAGAUACAGCCACCAUCACUCACGGGUUAGGAAUGGCCCAGAGCAGGACUGGAGCCGGUACCACCAUUUGGAAAACGAGCGUGCCUGGGUCAGGGAGAGAUUCUACCCAGACAAGAUGCGGUGGGACAAAUGCAGGUAUUACCACGACAGGUACACCCCGUACACGGCCCGAGAGUGGCGGCCUCUGCAUGGUCGUGAACAUGAACACACUGCCCAGCCUGGGCGUCCACACAAAGACAGCUACUGGGGCCGUAAGGGCUGGGAGCCGCAACCCCGGGGGAAGGAACGGCCCCACUUCCACAACCCACGAGAAGCCCCUGGCCUUGCCCUGCCCCUCGAGAGGCAUCCCCAGGAGAAGGCUGUUCUGGAUGUGCAGGAAAGCAGCCACAGCCUCCCUGAGCGCUUUCAUGAACACGAAAGUGUCAAGUCGAGGAAACGGAGGUAUGAGACUUUAGAAAAUGUUGAUAGCCGCCUAGAAAAAAAAGCCCACAAAAAUCUAGAGAAGGACACUUUAGAAGAGCCAAGGGCGAAGAAGCACAAAAAAUCUAAAAAGAAAAAGAAGUCCAAAGAUAAACAUCGGGAUCGAGACGGCAGGCACCAGCAAGAAUCCGACUUGUCGGGAGCAUACUCUGACACUGACCUCCAUAGACACCGGAAGAAAAAGAAGAAAAAGAAAAGACAUUCGAGGAAGUCAGAGGACUUUAUGAAAGAUGUUGAGAUGCAUUUACCGAAGUCCUCAAGCUAUGAGGCUGUCGGCCAUUUCCGGAGAACGGAGGGCACCUUUCUGCUGGCUGAUGGCCUGCCUCUGGAAGACAGUGGCUCUCUCCGGGAGAAAACCAAGCAUUUAAGGAUGGAAAGCCGGCCUGACAGAUGUCAUCUGUUAGAGUAUGGCCAGGGUGAUUAAAGCCUUGGCCUCAUAACAAAAAAAAAAAAAAAAAAAAAAUUACGAUUCAACAUUUUCAACAGAAGCCAUCCCCAACCCAGCUUAAAUUAUAAACAUAGAAAGUAACUUUGUCCAAACUGCGUGGUGCUUCUUUAGUAAAUACUGUACAGACUUUACCAUGGACAACUUUUUUUUUUAAGGUUUUUUUUUUGGGUUUUUUUUUUUUUUUUUUUUUUUUUGGUUUUUACCUUUUCUUAAUUGCCCUUAUUCCAAACGGAUACUUUGUACACUGCUGAACAUUGUAAAUUACCGUGUACAUAAAAACCACACUGAAAAUAAUGCCCUGGAAUAGACCAUCUCAGAUGCUGCUUAACUACAGACUCAGGUUGACUACUUGUAUUUCAUGUAAUGUUCCUCCAAGCUAGACAUCUGGUGCACAGCCAGCUGGGAACCAUGGACUUCAAAAGGACAAACCCACAGUGCGUCUAUUUAAUUUAAAGACCCAAGCUCUCAACUAGACCUUCGAGGGCUUCCUCUGCAAUGUCUGAUACUAGAAACUAAUUUGCUUCACAUUUUAGUUGUAUUCAAGAGUUGAAGAUGUAUUUUAUAGACAAGUUCUGUUUUUGAACUUUGUGGAACUAUUCCAAUCAAUUUACCAGUUAUGAUGAGUAUUUGCAUUAUGAAUGUAUAAUCCAGACAUUAUUUGUAAAGCCUACAGUAUGUUUUUAUUACCUAACACUUUUUAUACUGUGUCUCGUCUCGACAAUAUGAUAUUGGAGUCUGAGUCGUCAGCUUGAUCCCUUCAAGUUUCUAGUUACAGACAAAAAUCAUACUGUGAUUUUAUUUUUAAUAUGGAUAUGCUAUCAAACUGUGAUACACUUAUAAUUCACUGGUCCUGCAUCAGGAGACGGGAGUGGGGAAAAGACUGUAUUUAAUACAGUGUGUAUCUGAAUAAUCUGUAUGGUUUAUACAGUUUGUGUUGUUCAGAGAUGUCUAAAGUUGAUCUUUGUUUUUUUAAGAUUAAAAAAGCACUUGCCCCACUGUAUAUAUGGCAUGUAAAAUUUAUAUAGUAUAUAAAUGGCAGCAAAUUCAA